CGUUGUUCAUCUACCAUGUCUUUCUCUGAUUGACUGACUUGACACCCACGAAAACUCAACCUCCCUCCUUCAGUAACUCCCCACAAUACUAUCACCCCGGAACCAAGGCGAUCAUUCUACGGCCGGGUUCUUUUGCACGUGCAUCGCCAUCGUUUCAGACAGGCCACAGCCUUCCCGAUAAAAACCCCCGUUCCGACUCAACCUUCACCUCACCGCCAUGAACUUUGUCACCUUCAAUCAGGAUUUCUCGUGCUUGGCUGUUGGCACCCACCAUGGCUAUCGAAUAUAUAAUUGUGAUCCGUUUGGCAAGGUUUACGAACAAAAGGAGGGCGGGGAUGUCACCAUAAUCGAAAUGCUCUUUAGCACGUCACUCGUCGCUCUUAUUCUUUCCCCCCGCCGGCUCGUCAUAACAAACACAAAGCGGCAAUCCACGAUAUGCGAGCUCACCUUUCCAACAUCUAUAUUGGCUGUCAAAUUGAACCGAAAGCGUUUGAUAGUGGUAUUAGAGGAGCAAAUAUAUGUAUAUGACAUCAGUAACAUGAAGUUACUGCACACGAUUGAGACUUCACCUAAUCCUACUGCUAUCUGUGCACUCUCCCCUUCCUCGGAAAAGUGUUACAUUGCUUACCCACGACCAACGAACUCGAGCACCUCGCCAUUCUCACCUCCGUCCCAUACUCCCCCAGGUGUUAGCGCGCCUCCCGCGGCAUCGGGUGAUGUUCUCCUUUUCGACGCAAUAAAGCUUGAAGCUGUGAAUGUGAUCGAGGCCCACAAGGCCCCGCUAGCUAAUGUUGCUCUCAAUAGUGAAGGAUCUCUUUUAGCUACUGCCUCGGAUAAAGGCACGAUAAUCAGGGUUUUUUCUAUUCCUGGUGCUCAGAAACUCUACCAGUUUCGCCGAGGAACAUAUCCCUCGCGUAUCUUCUCAAUUGCUUUUAAUCUUAUGUCUACCCUGCUCUGUGUCUCGUCUGCGACGGAAACUGUCCAUAUAUUCCGCCUUGGUGGACCAACCCCCCAAGAAUCUUCAUCUGGACCUUUCCGGGCUACUGAUUCGGACGCUGGGGGUUCGCCGACGGGAUCUGUCGCGUCAUCUCCAUCCAACCAUGCUGGAGCUGCGGGAGGCGGUUUUGAUCACUAUGUAGAAUCAAAACGUCGCAAUGGCACCGGGACAUUUGGCUCUAUCAUUAGACGCUCUUCGCAGCAGAUUGGGCGAACAAUUGCUGGGGCCGCUGGAGGGUACCUACCACAUGCCGUGACUGAGAUGUGGGAGCCAGCGAGAGAUUUUGCUUUUGUAAAGCUUCCGAAUGCUGGACUUAAGAGUGUUGUGGCACUGAGCAGUACAAGUCCGCAAAUAAUGGUUGUAACUAGUGAUGGUUACUUUUAUGUGCACAAUGUGGACAUGGAAAGAGGUGGAGAAUGCGUACUCACAAAACAGUACUCUUUGCUGGAUUCAAGCGAGAAGAUGGGGCAGAGCUUAAUGUAUGAUUAACGAUCCCAUCCGGCAAGAUUGAGUGAGUGAGUGUAUGAAUGAGGGCGUCCAGGGUCCAGGAUCCACCAGCCGCUGUUUCCCACCUGCCCCUGGAGCGGUUGCCUGAUGACCUUGCAAAUACCUACGCUCCAAUAGGCAUGGACAUUUGUAAUCUAUUCUUUUUUUUCCUUCUCACGUCUUUUUCCUAUUCUCUUCUUCCAUCCCCCUUAUUUUUCUUCUUCAAGUUCAGGCAAACGGCGUUGGUUACUGUACCCUCUGGCAUCAUUUUACGGUAACGAGUGGCAAAGGGGCUUUCUCUUCAAAUCAUUUUGUUACGCUAUCUCAAGCUUUUCCCUCAUUUUUCAUUCCCCUCAUUUUUUUUACUUCCCCUUCUCACAAAGACUUCUCCCCCCCUUUUUUUUACAUACUUACCCACUUCUACGCAAUUAAAGCGUGGGUUCGAACAAGUUAUAGAGAGGGCUUAUUUAUUAGUUUGUCAUGCUGGCUAUCAAUUCAAUUCAAUAUGUAGCUGUUAUGCUAUCAGUCUUUCACAUAA